UCUCCUCUCUCUCUCUCUCUCUCUCCCUCUCCCUCUCUUUCACUCAAACACACGAGAACAAUUAUUGACUUUCCUUAUCACUCCAAUUAUUUCCCAUAUCUCAUGCCCUCUCUGGUGACCAUGAAAAAACUUUGAGCUGUGAUGAGAUCCACAAUUCCUUUGUUUAAAACCCCCCAGGUGCAACCCCAGGUGAUUCCAUAUACAAAAACCUCUUCAACUACUUCUCUUCCAUCUCUCAGCUCUCAUUAGCUUCUUCAAGAAUUGACCUUCAUUUGCUUGGAUGGAUCAGCACAGGAUUACUAAAAGGAGGCGUGUUUAUUCCCUCCAGCCAAACACAUUGCCACGUACGGUAUUUGCAAAGAAGUAUGUGAAUCAUUUAGUGCCAGCUCUGAUAGAUAUCGGAAACAAGCCUGAUUCAGACCAGAGGGAGGAUCAUGAGUUGGAGAAGCUCGUCCGCUAUGAGGUUGAUAAGGCAUUGGUAUCGUCCGCUGAAGGCUUUGCAUGGAGCCGUGCCUUAAACGUUAAGCUUCAACGCGGCGGCCUCAAUGUAGGUAGACUUCAAAAUUCUUCCACUACUCCACAAACUCAAAAGGCAUCGCUUCCGACCAAAUUCUCUCCAAACCCUUAUCCCAAACCUAGUCAGAAGGACUCGAAAAGGUCUAAAAGAUUACAGUGUCUACCGAAACCAAAGAGAGGAGCGGGGACGGAAGGUGAAGAGGUGCAAUUUAGGCAGCAGUUGACAAACCUAAGAACCCUUAUGCCGGGUGGAAAUGAGAUGGGUGUAAAUGAAUUGCUGACAGAAGUGGGAAGCUACUUGGUGGCUUUGGAGCUGCAGGUGAAUGUCCUAAGAUGCCUUGUGGACACACAAUGAUUCUUUUUUUUUUUUGGUUUCUGCCCUAAGUUGAUUAAUUUCCACUGAGACAUAUUCUUUGUGGAAAGCAAUAUUAUUGCACAGCAUAUUAUAAUCCGAUCUUUUUCCAUUGUUGUGAUAUGUAAAUAUAGCUGGACCUUCUCCUUUUGUGGAGAAAAAAAAAAGGGAAAAAAGGAAAAUUUGCUUUUAGUUCAGUAUUCAUCAUUCAGUGAUGUGAGAAACCCAUGGCUAACAGUUCAGAAAAUCAUGUAAUUCGCCCUAGUGUGAGGCUGCUUUUCGCCUUUGUUGUACCUCAGAUAGUAUGAUAUUGUAUUAAGAUAUCAAUCUGUUACUCGGCUUCUCCAAUGUUCAAAAGACGAAGGUAAAUCUUACUCUAGAUGCCGGCUCAUUACGUGUGCUCAAAGGGAUAUAUGCACUCACCCGUUGAAAUGAUACAUGUACAUAUAUGUGGAUCAAACACAGUAUGAUAUGUAUAUUGAACUCAAAUUUUAUAAGCUUAAGUUUUUAGAGGGAGGUUGUGAA